AUGAAUUGUAAGUCGACAAGCCACACCAUCAGGACCGUCUCCGCCUCCCCCCGGUUACAGAACCGACCUUCGAAGAGCUACAAUGUAGGCGGCUUCAGGGACGAUCAAGGCGAUUGCCGCUCCUACUGCCGCGGCUUCAGCAGCGGCGACAUCAAGAUCUACCCCGCCUCCGACGUCGGCCAGGUCGGCAACAGCAUCCGGAUGUCUACCACGUCCUACGGCCAACGCAGCGGCAUCGGCCUGGGCGCCGGCGCCGGCUUCUACGACUACCAGCCCGGCGGUAUGACUAGGCCCGCCAUGACCAUCGGGAAUGAGAAGAUCGUCAUGCAGCAUCUGAACGACCGCCUGUCCAGCUACCUGGAGAAGGUGAAGACGCUAGAGAAGGCCAACGAUAUGCUGGAGAUCAAUAUCAGGGAGGCCAUCGAGAAGAGUGGCCCGAUGGAGGGGAGCGACUACAGCAAGCACUUCGAAACCAUCGCGGAUCUGAGGGCCAAGAUCGCCAGCAUGAUCAACGACAACGCCGAGCUGGUGAUUAACCUCAAUAAUGCGCGACUGGCGUCCGAAGACUUCAAAAUCAAGAUGGAGUGCGAGACGCCGAUGCGGAUGGCCGUGGAGGCCGGCGUGACCUGGCUGAGGAAGCUCCUGGACGACAUCAACGUCUUCCGAAUGCACCUCGACACCGAGAUCGAGACCUUGAAGGAGGAGCUGAUCAACCUGAAGAAGAACCACAAGCAGGAACUUUCCGAGUUGCACGACCACAUCAAGCAGGACGGCGUGCACGUGGACGUCGACGCCCCCAAAGGGCUGGACCUGUCCAAGAUCAUGGAGGACAUGAGGGCCAAGUACGAGAAGAUCAUUCUGAAGAACAAGGAGGAGCUCGAGGCGUGGAGCGAAACUCAGAUCACAGAGGUUAAAGUGAAGAUGACAGAGACCUCGACAGCCCUGAAGACGGCCAUGAUCGAGGUGACCGAGACCAGGAGGAAGCAUCAGGGAAUGGAGUUUGAACUUCAGGUCGCACUCAGUCUGAUUGCGUCACUGGAGGCAGCGCUGCGCGACAUCAACACGCGCUACAAUAUUGAGGUGGAGAAGUACAAUGUGAUGAUCGUGAGGCUACAGGAGGAACUGACUCAGAUCCGCAGCAACAUCCAGCAGAACACGACCGAGUACAACACCCUGCUGAACAUCAAGGUGAAGCUGGAGGCCGAGAUCGCCGAGUACCGGAGGCUGCUGGAAGGCGAGGAGAUGAUUGAGGAGGACCCCAGUCAGAAGACGAUCCAGACCAAGGUGGUGACCAUCACGCAGACUCUGGUGGAUGGCAAGCUGGUGUCCGAGAGCAAAGACGUCCAGGCCAGCGAAGAAGUUGAACCACUGUAAAAACAAGCUUUGCAACAAAAAUAAACAGAACACAAGUCCCGGAUCAGA